AUGGCGACGGCAGCAAAAGCUGCAGAACCAGCCAUGUCGUUCCUCGCGUCAUCCACAUCCACAUCCAUAUCCACAUCCACAGGCAGGCGCGCGCUGUCUCGUCGCUCGAUGGCCGCCAUCCAGAACUCGCGAUACCCGAUCGUCUACGCUGCCGCCCGCGCCACGCAGCGAUCUGCCUUCUCGACCACGCCCAAGCAGGCCUUGCCAUCGCCUGGCGAGAGCCUGUUCCGAUCAUCCGCGUCGUCUUCCAGUGGGCCUCCAAGCGCAUACUUCCAGCGCUCCUCGCUACCGGCAAACACGAUCGUCAAGUUCGUCCCCCAGCAGACAGCAUGGAUCGUGGAGCGAAUGGGACGUUUCAACAGGAUCUUGGAGCCCGGUGUCGCCAUCCUCAUGCCCGUCAUCGACCGCAUCGCAUACGUGAAGAGUCUGAAGGAGAACGCCAUGGAGAUCCCUUCGCAGAGCGCAAUCACCGCGGACAACGUGACCCUGGAGCUGGAUGGCAUACUCUACACCAGAGUCUUUGACGCAUACAAGGCCAGCUACGGCGUAGAAGAUGCCGACUAUGCCAUCUCGCAACUUGCACAGACGACGAUGAGAAGCGAGAUCGGCCAGUUGACCCUCGACCAUGUUCUCAAGGAAAGAGCGGCGCUGAACACAAACAUCACACAAGCCAUCAACGAGGCAGCAGCAGACUGGGGCAUUCGAUGUCUGCGAUACGAGAUUCGGGAUAUCCACGCACCGGGUCCCGUGGUCGAAGCAAUGCACAGACAGGUCACGGCAGAACGAAGCAAGCGCGCCGAGAUUCUCGAGUCCGAGGGUCAACGGCAAUCGGCCAUCAACAUAGCAGAAGGUCGCAAGCAGUCGGUAAUCCUCGCAUCUGAAGCCAUCAAGGCAGAGCAGAUCAACGCGGCAUCUGGUGAGGCCGAAGCCAUUCUUCUCAAGGCCAAAGCGACAGCCGCUGGUGUCGAUGCGGUGGCAAGGAGUCUUUCAGAUGGCAAGCAAUACGCUCAAGGCGCCGUCUCUCUCUCCGUCGCCGAGAAGUACGUUGAUGCGUUCGGCAAGCUCGCCAAGGAAGGCACUUCCGUUGUGGUACCGGGCAACGUGGGCGACAUUGGUGGCAUGAUCGCCUCAGCCAUGGCAGUCUACGGAAAUGUCAGCUCAGCACAAGCCAAGGUGCAAGCUCAGAAGCUCGUCGGAGAUGGCAAGAGCGACGCAUCUUCAGAGACGACUUCGGGCGAAAAGCUUUCGAAGAAUGAGAUGCAACAAAAAGUGCUCGAGAGCUUCGAUCGCACGCAGGAGAGGCAUUGA